AUGUCCCUGGAGUCUCUGCCUAUCGAGCUGGUAGUUCAGAUUUUAUCCAUUGCUUUGGAUGUUCAUCCCACCCCAUCCAAUAUUCUCUGUGUUCACUCUCGCUGGCACAACGCCCUUGCGCCCGUGCUCCAUGCACAUAUCAGACUGGGCUCUCUGUUGCAGCUAUACCGGUUUGGGAAAGUACGGAAGCUUUCCUGCGUUCCCAAAUCGUUCUCGCUUCGACUUCCAGGGGGAGCAGUGCACUUUCCAGAUACUACACGGACAGAGAUGCCGGCCGUUAUCGUCGGGCGGCGAUAUUCGCAAAGUGAUGCAGACCUCACCAAGGGAGAGUGGAUUAGAAGAAAGAUCGUAGAUGGUGGCGGCGUUUGGGGAUGCCUGCGUUCUGCCUUGAGCGUGUGCCCUCGGGUUGAGCGAGUUUCCUUGCAGCUGCACUCGUUUUUGUCCGACCCAGACCUCCCUAAGCUCACGGGUGCGCUCAGCGUGAUCAAUCCAAUUGCCUUCAACUGGAACGGUCCAGACCCGGAACACCAUCUCUCUGUAGCUAUUGUUCCUCGCGCAGCCGAAUACUUCUUUCGAGCUACCAAGUCUUGGUCGAGGCUCGAAAGCCUUCGAUUAGCCAACAUUUGCUUUCCAAUGCCACCUUUUCCAUGUGUACUUACAAACGCAUUCGCCUUUCAGUCCCAUCCAAUGCUUCGAACUAUCCACUUCUGUCAGGCGGUAUUCGUCUCUCCUGGAGCAAUCUGUGGCCUUAUUAUGAACAUUCCAUCCUUGCAAAGACUAGCUCUUGAGGACGCGUAUCUAGGAGGUAUCUGGGAAGCGCGUCUACGCUUUGCGGAUGUGGCGGACACAUUGAAACACCUCGACGAGCGAGAUCCAAGGAGAGAAAGAAUUGUACAGGUACUUGAGUGUACUGUCAGACUCGAAAGAAUUGUCGGAGGUGACCGAGGGUGA